AUGGUUUACAAUAUGUUUCAAAGAUGUCACUUCUUCAUCUUUCUCUUCCUCGGCUCCAGGUUCUUCGAGUACAUCUUUUUGCACCAGAGCCUGGUGAUGUUCCAGAUCGACCAGAAGACGAAGGACUGCUCAAAGAUCUCUCUGACCGAGGCCUGGGAUCUCUUCGACAUCCCAGCCAACUCCACCUUCGAGGACCAGUACAUCAUCGGAGGCCCCGGGGACAACGUGGAGGUCCAGGAGUGGUCGGACAGGAAGCCUGGCACGCCACAUGAGACCUGGGUGGGCGUUUACACCCUGAAGGACUGCUACCCCGUGCAGGAGACCUACGCCAGGAACAGCAGCGUCACCACCUCCACCCGCUUCUUCAACCUGCAGCUGGGCAUCAGCGACCCCGACGUCUUCACCCCGCCCAGCACCUGUCAAUCAGCUCGGCCUGAGAGGAUGUCGGAGUCCGGCUGCUGA